UGCUCACGUUUUCUGAGUGUGUAGACCUAUAUAGAAAUGAGUUAUGAUGUCGCCAAGUUUGCCAUCAAUGGUUUCCAUCCCUGUCAGGCAUUACUGAUCGAAGCCUGUAGGUGUAUGAGGGUCGUCUUUCUCUCUUUUUUAUGAGGCUGGUCUCCACUCAGGAUGAGUGCCAUAUUGGUUACUCUUCUAGUCUUCUCCAUCACCUCCACAAUCUCACAAAUUGUGGAGGUGGUGGGUCCAGAUGGUCCUGUAGUUGGUGUGGCCGGUGAAGACCUGGUCCUGCCCUGUUUCCUCAGGCCCAACACCAGCGCAGUGGACAUGGAUGUGGUGUGGCUGAUUGAGGGUGCCAUAGUGCAUCAUUACAAAAGACACAUGGACUGGACAGAUAACAAGAUCCCAGCCUACAGAGGGAGGACAAGUCUGUUCAGAGAGGAACUGCAGAGAGGAAACAUCUCACUGAAGCUCAGAGCACUCAGACUCUCAGACGCAAACACUUACCGGUGUUACAUCGCAGCUCAGACUGGGACCUAUGAGGCGCCAGUGGAACUCGUUGUUGAAGCUCCAGGCUCCACUCCCGUCAUCUCCACCGUGAGCUGGAGGAACGGGAGUGUGCGUCUGGACUGUGAAUCUACAGGCUGGUCUGCUGAGCCCCAGGUGGAGUGGCUGGUCAGUGAAGGCCGGACUGUCCCAGCUCAAACUAUCAUGCAGAGAUCCCCUGAGGGCCUUACAGUCAAGACUGCAGUUACUGUGGAGGAGAGCGAGGGCAGCAGGUUUCUCUGCAGAGUCACAAGCCCAGGACAGACCAGAGAAAUGGAGGUUGAAAUUCCACGGCAGCUGUUUGCUUCCUCCAGGCAUCGCUGGAUACUUAUUAUACCCUUCUUGCUGUUCCUAUCUUUGUGUUGGAUCUUGUUUUACCACUAUGGAGGCAUCCAUCUGUACAAACAGUGGGUUAUCUCCAAGUUUGCAUGGGCACAUGACUAUAGCCCCCUGACUGGUAAAGAUUUCAAGAUCUACACAGAUCCCCUCAUCAUCCGGAGACCCAGAGGACCAGACCGGGGCGCUGUUAGCAGGAAGGGCUACAAGAGCAUCCCUCUGGACCAGCUGUUCAGCCCUGACCCGGGCCACCUGCCUCCCAGUGUGGUCGUCCUCCAGGGGCACUCUGGAUACAGCAAGUCCAUCACUGCACGGAAGAUCAUCUGUGACUGGGCGUCUGGGAAGCGAUACGCUGAGCAGUUUAAACUGGUGGUUCUCCUGACGUGUAAAGAGCUGAACGUGGAAGCACAGGGAGAGUGGAGGAGUCUGUUGGAGCUGAUCAGCCUGGGCAUUGGCAGGAGUUUCAGGCCUGUCAUUGAGAGUGUUCUGAAGGAUGCUCCACACAAGGUGCUGUUCAUCAUCGACGGGUUUGAUGAGCUGAGGCUGUCAGCAGAACGGCCCGACUCCCAUCUCCCCAGCCAGGCAUUCACUAGAGCGCCCCCUGCUGACAUUUUCUAUGCACUGCUGGGAGGACGCAUCCUGCCGGAGUCCUGCCUGUUGGUGACCACCAGUCUCAAAGCCUCCAAGAGGCUGAGCGAGCUGCUCAAGCCACAGGAACAGCGCUUCACGGAGAUCCAGGGCUUCUCUGAGAAAGUGGUGGAAGAUUACUUCUACAUGUUCUUUAAGAACAAAGACAGGGCUAAAGAGGCAUAUCAGUAUGUGUGUGAACAGGACUUCCUGUUCUCCUCCUGCUCCAUCCCUAUGAGGUGCUGGAUGAUCUGUUCAAUACUGAGGGAGAGUCCUGAGGGGAGACCUGAACUGGAGAAUAGGACAGACAUAUUUUUGCAGUUUGUAAUUAUUUUUCUGAAGAACACCAGUAUGGUUAGAAGUGACGCCACAACGAAGUUGGCGAAACUGGCAAAAGAUAUAAUCUGUAAAAAUGAAUCCCUGUUUGACAAGGAGAGCGUAUCUGGUCUUGAGAAAAUCUCUCUCCUUCAGAGAAGCAGUGGCAGGCAGCAGAUAAUGUACUGUUUUGUUCAUCAAACCAUUCAGGAGUUUUUCUCAGCUCUUUACUACAUCACCUUAGAGAACGGUGAGAUGCAGACUGAAGUGGUGAAGCUGUUGGACUCAGUGAGGGGACCCUCUGCAGAUUACAACCUCCAUCUUUGGCCUGUCAUUCGCUUCCUUUUUGGAUUCUCAAAUCCGAAAGUGUGGGAAAAGUCAGUUUCACUCUUGAGAAAUGUAAUUUCCCACAGUAGUUCAUCCUCAGCAGGCAACACACCAUCUCCAUCAUUGCCUAUUCGAGAUCUACUAAAGAAAUGGAUUUUGGAAGAGGCUGACAAAUUUAUUUUGAAAGAUGUGAGCUUCUUUCUCCACUGCCUUUAUGAGCUCCAUGACGACGCGUUUGUGAGGGAGGCCAUGGAGAAAUGGAGGAAGCUUGACUUUGCCUCUCUUGUUCUGAAGAAGAUCGACUGCUCGGUACUGUGCUACUGCCUGGAGUGUAGACCUGCCAUAGCACGCCUGAAUCUCAGCAACUGCAACCUGACUGCAGAGAAGCUGAGGCAGCUUGAGCCUGCACUGUCACAACUGACGUGCGAGGAGCUGUGGCUUGAUGUGGAGGACCUGUCAGAUGCUGAUGUUGAUAAUCUGGUCUCUGCUCUGGGGAGAGGACGGAUUCUGAGAAGACUGAGAGUGGAAAACAGCCAGUUUUCAGAUCAGGUUAUACAUAAUGUACUCCAAGCUCUAGGAUGUCAGAGGUCUGUGGAGACAGUCAGUCUGUCUGUGGAGACGGUCAGCUUUGACACAGCAAAGGUGCUGCUAAACCAUCUACACCAGGCCAAUGUCACAGGCAUCAUGAGUGUCACUUUGACUGGGAUGAGUGAACAUGGAAACCCUCUCUGUUCUUCUCUCUGUGUGGGAAAGGACCAGCACAGUUUCACUGUGAGUGUUGCACACGACGGCAGCGCUCCUGCUGUGUCUGAGCUCUCAGCCACUCUGGCCAUCAGUGAGGAGAUGGCCGACUGGACACAACUCCUGCUGUCCUUCCACGAGCUGAGAGGGAUAGAGAGCGGGCCAGAACUGGAGCACAGUGUGGAUCUUUUUUUGUCCUCCCUGCGCUCUCUACCUGGACUGAAGAAGGUGUACCUGAAGUCCAGAGUCCAGACGAUAAAGUGGGCCUCUGACAUCGUCUCCCUCAUCCACGACUGUGCCAAUCUACAGGAAAUGGAUGUGACGGUGAGGGAAGAGCCAGGACGUGGAGACACUCUCUGCUCAUUUCUCUCCUUGAGGAAACACCAGCAGGAGGCAUUGAUCAGGCUUACUGUGGGACAACAUACCGUAACAACAUCCCCAGAUUUCUCUCUGGAGCCCCGUUGUUGGGGGAGACCUCGUAUUGUUUCCUUUCCUUCAGCUCAGGAUAACCGGCUGAGUCCUCUGUCUCUCGUCUCUUUCACCUUCCCCACCUCAGAUGUUCCCUCAAUGGGCUGGGUGGAUUUUCUGAAGGCUUUUGACAAGUUGAGCAGGAGCAGGAGCUCUGAUGCGGAGAAUGAUGCCGAUACUCUGUUCUCCACCCUGCGCUCUGUGCAUGGCCUAAGGGAGGUGGAACUAAUGGUGGGCAGCCUGACAGAGAACUGGGCUCAGAAGGUCCUCUCUUUUAUCAGCAAACAGCCCCAGGACAAGGAGAUUAGCGUUCAUGUGCUGAAAGAGUGGAACAGUCAUGAGGAGAGUCUCUGCUCAUCUCUCUUUGUGAGAAAAACAACCAGCUGCUUCAGGUUGGAGGCUGAGCACCUGAGCGCGGGGAGUGUCUCGGCUCCUGCUCUCUCAUACAUCUCAGUCCUCACAGACGCAGACACACACACGGCAGCCAUGGACUGGGUCGGAUACCUCAGAGCAUUUCACCAACAUGAAAUAGAAAGUCUGUAUGUGUACGAGUGUGUGGAUCCUCUCCUGUCCCGCCUGUGCUCUCUGGCUGGGCUGUGGGAGGUGGAGUUGAGGGUGAGCUGCCUGACGGAGGUCUGGGUCGGGAACAUCCUGUCCCUCAUCCACAACAGCCCCAGCCUACAGGAAGUGAGGCUGUCUGCAGGUCGGUCUGUAGUGAGUGAUGGUCUGUCUGUCUGGACUGCCUGUGGUCCUCUACUGCUGGAGGAGAUCACCCAUCUACAGGAGACUCCUAAACGCCCAGACUGCACCAUCAUUCUCACAGGGAUCAAAAGGAGGACCGUUGAAGUGUCCAGUCACUUCAAAGAGGGGAGACUGCAGUGUAACAGGCCAGUGAGGAUCACCAUCAGGGGACAGGCAUAUACUGAGGAGCUCUAAGCACAUGUGAUGUCAGAGAAGGAAAAGAUCAACAGUUACACUGCAAAAACGACUUAUCUAAGGAAUUCUAAGUGUUAUCAUUGGUAUUGUUUUCAGUGUAAAGUGAUUCUUCAAGUCUCGUGAAAUCAUUUGGGAGCACUUAGACUCGUAUGUGUAUUUGUCUCAAUAUUAUUUAAAUAUAUAAAAGGAUAUGUACAUAUACAUACAUUUAUAAAUAUAAAAAUACAAAAUACAAAUAUAAAAAUGUGACAUACAAAUAAAUAAACUAAUUUAUAUAAAGAA